AUAUUCUCUCAACUAUAGACUCUCUCUACUACAUCAAAAAUUUCAAAUUAAACGAAAUAUGUUAAAUUAGUAGACAUAAUUUAUCUAUAAGGAGCAAAAAGAUUUUGCACACAGUUUUGUCACUACUUUUUCUCAAUUAUAACGCCAAGUCUUUGCUCUCUCAGUACCAUCUGUCAGCAGGUGGGAUCCACAUCCAAGUAUCUUUUUCUUUUUUUAAUUCUGCUAUUUGCUUUAGAAAAAGAAGGAAAAACGAGAGAAACAUUAUUGCAGGUGACAGGCGUCGUCUGCUCAUCAUCUCUUUUGUGUGGUUUCCAUUUUCCAAUGACGGACUCCGCCUCUGCAGUGCGCUACAACGGUCUUCAGGGAAAAGUAGCCAUAGUAACCGGCGGUGCAAGCGGCAUCGGCGAGGCCACGGCGCGCCUUUUUGCCCAACACGGCACACGCAUGGUCGUGAUCGCCGAUAUCCAAGACCAACUGGGUCAACAAGUAGCAACAUCCAUCGGCAUAGACAAGUGCAACUACAUCCACUGUGAUGUUGCUGACGAACACCAAGUCAAAUCCAUGGUGGAAUCAACCGUCCAGAAACACGGCCAGCUCGACAUCAUGUUCAGCAACGCUGGGAUUCUAAGUCCCUCCGAUCAGAUCGUCCACGAGCUUGACUUUUCGCAGUUUGACCGGCUGUUUGCAAUCAAAGUGCGUGGCAUGGCCUUGUGCGUGAAACACGCGGCGCGUGCGAUGGUCGAAGGGCGCGUGAGGGGGAGCAUCGUGUGCACGGGGAGUGUGGCCGCUAGCCACGGCGGGAAGAAGCGAACCGAUUACUGCAUGUCGAAGCACGCAGUGCUAGGCCUGGUUCGAUCGGCGAGCGUGCAGCUUGGGGAGCACGGGAUUAGAGUGAACUGCGUGUCACCGAAUGCGCUGGCGACGCCGUUGACGAUCCACGCCCUAGGGAAGAGCGUGGAGGAGAUUGAGAAGGCGUAUGAGACAUACGCGAGGCUGAAAGGGUCUGUGCUGAACGUUAAGGAUGUGGCGGAUGCUGUGCUCUUCCUUGCUUGUAAUGAGUUUGUGUCUGGACAUGAUCUGUUGGUGGAUGGUAGCUUCGCGGGGUAGUACUUGAUUGCAGCAAAUUAUAAAUUUUUCAAAAAAGUAUUGAAUACAA